UGAGAAGGGAUUAACUGAGAAAGAGGUUUGAUGUCGACUGUUACUCAAUUUUUUUAUCUCAAUUGUCCGUAAUUCAUCGUAAUUGUUUGACAUACUUUAAGAUUCUUUCCAUGUACUCUGUAGUUGAUGUAAGUUUGCCUCAUAUUACAGGCUACCGACAAAUUGAAAAUGCAAUAUAAAGGUUUCACCGACGAGGAGAAGUCUGAGUGGAGAAGCUAUGACCCUAACCCAAAUCCCGCUAAGAAGGCGGUGCAAACAAGGGGGAGGAAACCAAAGGCAGCUGAUGCCAAGGGGAAGAAAGUGGAGGUGGAUGAGGAAGAGGCUGCUCCUGAAAGUGAAGAAGCAUCUGUGUACGGUCGAUGCUCCUGCAACCGUUUAAUCAGGAUUUGCAAGAACCUGAACCUGGAGCAGAAAGAUGUGAUCCAAAAUGCUGGAUUUGGAUCAUUCAUCAGAGAGGAUGCACCAUACAUUGACACCCGACUAGUGAGUUGGUUAAUCAAACAUGUUGACCCAACCACUAGCAUACUGGAUUUGUAUGGGAGGAAAAUUCACUUAUCUGCCGCGAUGUUCGGAGAUGUUAUGGGGGUGGACGACGGAGGGGAUCCUGUAGUCACCGAGGGUGAUAGUGACACUCGAUAUCUGGAGGAGAUAUUGAACGUUGUCGAGUACACCGUGUCGUUGACAGGGUUGGAGAAAUCUUUGCUGGAGUGCGUUGAGGCAGACAGCCUAUUUCUGAUUAAAUUUUCUUUGGUGGUCAUAGGGACAGUCCUUGCGCCGAAAACGGGCUGCGAUAUCACUUCGGGGUACUUGCACUCCCUUAGGGUUACCAGGGACAUUCGCCACAAGAACUGGGCAACUGCCGGGUUCAGGUAUCUGAUGAACUCAAUUUUCAGAUUCCAAAAUAAGGCCACGAAGAAUGUGUCUGGCUGCACCUUAUUCCUCCAGUUGGUGUACUUGACUCACGUGGAGUGGAACUUUGGAUAUGUCGACCGAACAGUGCUCCCCGUUGAUUUUUGGGGUAGUAAACAAUGUAAGUCCGCUUACAAAUUUGUGAAAGACAAUGGGGGUCCCAACAGCAACAAGGUACAUCGAAUUUUGGUUAUAAUGUGGUAAUGUGAUUUCAGUUGAUAUUAAUUAUUUUGGGUUUGAAAAAUUAAAUUUGUUAAAUUUGUUAUGUUUAACAGAUAACGCUCACUUCGAAUCCCGUAAUACUGCCCAACUACUACUCCGACUCGGAAGGAAGAAAGAGCAGUGACCACUUUGUCAGCUCUAUCAACGAGUUGAAGGAGUACUUCUCCAAUGAGUUAAAGUCUCAGUUGAGAUCAUUUUCUUUGAAAUUUAUGGACAAAGGAGAAGGUGUAGGUGGUAUUGACCGAGAGUUGGAGGAGGAUGCUGCUGCGGAAACGGGGAAGAAGGCGGAGUGCAGCCAGGCCGUGGAGGAGUCCCCGUUGAAGUCCCCUGUCCGUUCGAAGACUAAUGUUGUUGGUCUAUCCGAGGAAAAUGUGGUGGAAUUUGUAAGUACGCCUUCACUAUCUGUUACAAAAUCUGUUGAAGAUGAAGGUGCUGCACAUAAGACCUUCGACGAUGAGGACUUUGAUAUAGUCGAAGUGGCAUCUUUCUGGAAUAAAGGCAAAGCCCUCGUCAAAUCAAAGAAGACACAGUCGGAGAAUGUGCCUUUAAUUGAGGAUGACUUCAACGAUAAGGCGUACGAGCAAUUUAUUGAGUCGGGCAGAACUGUUGUCGGGCCUUUCAAGACGAAGGAAGCGAUCCCCCGUAACCAAUAUGGGUUUUACAAGUUUGUUUUUAGCAACACAUUAGAUCCGGGGUAAGUAAAUGUUAUUUUCGUAUUUCUCAUUAUGAUAUACUUGUAGAAAUUUUUAAUAACAGUUACAUUGAUUACAAUUGAAUCAGAUAUGUGCUUGCGAAAUUUCGAAAGUUUGAAGUGGAUAGGAGGUGCAUGGCAUCGUUGCGACCGUUGCGAGAAGUUGAGGGAUCCGUAAGUGUCAAAGUAUUAACUAAAUAUGUAUCAUUUAUUGUACAUGUGUAAAUCAUAUUUCAUUUUGUUGCAGAUCAUUGACUGUUUUUCUAUACUAAUGAACAAGUACGAACGUGAUAGUCGAUUACCUGACCAACCUCGUGUUUGGUACAUGUCCACUCGCAUCUCGGUAAUUGCUUUGCUGUACAACUUAUUUUAAAUUUUGUAAUUCAGUUUGGUUGUAAUUUCUGUUACUUGACAAGAUGAACAAUGCU